UGAUAAAUUGCGCAAAAUAACGUUGAAUAAACAGAAACGUUCAAUAAAUUAAACUGACACGUAAAAUACUGUUUUGGCGCGCAAGGCAAGAAUCAAGAUCACACGCUCUCGCAACUCUCAGCCAAACAUACAUCGACUAAACACCCACAUAGGUAGGCACUGAUACGUGUAUUCUAUACUUCUAUAGCGUACGCUAUAUAGUAUAGGUUAUAACAUAGAAUUGUGCGCGCCUCCUUUAAUGUUAUUAUUGACGUUGAAUGUUGAAUGUUGUGUGUGCGACCCCGAGUGAGGACAUCGUCGUGCAGCAUCACAAGGAUCGCCUCGAUGACUAGUGUUCAUUGACGAAGUCAGUGGAAACGUUUGCAGGAGUGAAUAUCAAAGCGAAAAAACCAACUUCGCCUACGCGAGACAAACCAGACAUACAAGAGAGAAAAAGAGAGAGAGAGAGAGUGAGAGAGAGGGAGGGAGGGAGGGAAAGUUGCUGAUCAAGAAUAAUAUAAAGCUUCCUACGUUAUUGGAUGUGCAAACACAUAUACGCGCACCUUGUGUUCAUUGCGAAUGCAAUUUACACUUACACAAGCUUAGCAAGAUAAAUACACACGAGAGCGAGUUGCUCGAGAAAGAGAGAGACGGAAGAAUUGACGAGGCUGACCGACAGAGGAUUUCGUUCACUCUCUCUCUCUCUCUCUCUCUCUCUCUAUCUUUUGCGUGAGUGUCGUAAAAAAUUUUCUAACCCGGCCUUAGUCGCAUCGUUUUGACAUCGUUCAACUAGAUUAUCAGCAAGUUUCUACAAAUACUUCCAGGGUAUUCUGGACAGCAAGUUACAUCGCUAUCGAGUGGCUUGAUAUCAACGUGGUUUUGAAAAAACAAGGAAGACAUAACCCCGAAAUUUAUCAAAAAACAAGAAAGACUGACCUGUUUUCAUUGUUUUUUCGCUUGUCAGUCAUUGUUUUAAACGAAUAAUACUAGAUUACAAUUAAGAUACUAGUAUUGCACAAGACCCUUACUAUUUGUGAAAGUUCUGCUCUGUUUUAGUUGGUGAACACAGUGAUGCUACAAAUGCAACCUUGCGAAUAGGUUGUUAGAUUUAACUCUCAAAAAUACAAAAUAUAUGAAAAAACGGUUGAGCAAUAUAAAAAUGAAAGUCUGUUUUUGUAAUUACCUCAAUAGAGCAUGAUGAUUUUUCGUAUAAUGUUGGCCUCGACGCUUAUAUGAAGAGAUCUUCAACUAGACAUUGUAAAAUCCAUUGUGUAUAAAACUUGGAUAUUAAAUAAAUAAACGUUAAAGUAAUCCAGCAUCUAAAAGAUUUAUUCAUCAUGCAGGCAGUUACUCAUAACAUUGACAUUGAAUCUAGUCCAUCUGAUUAACGAAGGAUCUGUAGAGUUCUAGUAUGCAGUUUAUACAAGGAAUAAAAAAAGUAUUAACCAAUGAAGAUCCUAAAUUCCAAACAAUCCAAUAUGGACAAUAAAUUAAAAUUUGCGGAUCGCUUUAAAGUGUUACUAAAUUCGGAGAUCCAAAAGGGCAUAGAUCCAUAUGUAUUUAAUGAAACAGAACAGCAGCAACAGCAACAGCAGCAGCCACUUGUGUCAACAGGUGGUAAGAACAUCAAACUAAUAGCUCCCAAAAAUUCAAAAACACCCAGUAGCAACAAAAAUAGAUCUAAAGGAAAGUGUUUAAAGACAAAAAUCAAAGCAGAGCCAAUGCCAAUAAUCGGAAUGAAAGCAGAACCUAGCCUAGGCUUUGCUGCUGCUGCUGCCAAUAACACUUUUAAGUCUUUUCAUCAGCCAUCAGCAUAUCCCGCACAACAGAAGCAAAGGUACAUCAAAAAGUUGCAACGAUUAAAAGCAAAGCGCAAGAGCAGGGACCAUACUUUACAGUACUACCCUAGAGCCGGUGAUGAGAUAUCCGAUAGUGAAUCUAGCGCGGAUGAGCUGCAGACGUAUCAACGUCACUGGUAUUCCGGAGAAUCGGAUCCAACGUCGGCCAGAUCGAGUCGACUAGCUCAGCUGCACUCACAGCUUCAACGACAGCUCCAGCAAUUGCAGCACGCCGAUGACGACGUGAAAAACGCGUUGAGAGAGAAGACUCGCUGCUUGCUAAAAGCUGCUCACCAAGAUCCGAGUGCCGCAGCACGGAUACUCAACGACGCGAAUGCCAGCUCGAAGAUAGUCGACGGGCCACUGAUAGUUGGUGGUGCCUGUGGCGCCGAGGGUUGUCAGCAGCUAUCGCUACCCUGCACGCGACAUUGCUCGCGACAUAUAAUGAUGAACCCCGACCAGCUGUUGUUCGAGCACUGCACGGCUAAGUUCAGCGAUAAUACACAGUGCUGUGUGCCGGUGUUCGACGUGGCGCACGAGCUGCCUCUGUGCCCCGAGCACGCGAGGAAACGCGAUAACUACCAUCGCCGAGCCCAAGAGUCCAAGCCGAAGAAGGCGCGUAGCAAAAAACCAAGCUCACCGUCAGUCAGUGGCAACAACGCCAAUCUCGUCGGCGCCAACUCGAUAACCUCGGUUUCGGCCGCACGGCCCAGCAAAUCCAAAUCCAGCAAGCCGAAGAAACGCAAGAGGCCACCAUCGAGGAACAAACCCGAGGCGAGCAAGCAGCAGCAUCAACAGCCCGUUAUCGCUCCUGUGCACGCGCCCGUUAUGCCUCAGAUACCCAUGGAUCCUGCGGCCGCUAUGCCAGCCCAGCAAUUGCCGCCUGCAUUAUUACCCGACGACAUUCAUCACUUCGCUAACUCCCUUAUGACUUGUAACAACGACAUGAUGCAUACCAAGACGCUGAAUAACUUGAACGCGUUACCGCAGCCCAAUGCGGUACCAAAUCUUAAUAGCCUAGGCUUGGACAUUAGCUCGCUAGGGCUAUCCGGACUCAAAGUUGAGCUUGACGAUCAUGAAGUCUUUGCAUCGCUUGAUCACGCGACGGAACACGACUUUGAGAACGUACUCAACAAUUUGCCAGCCGAUGCUUUCAAUGACUUAUUCAUUGAAGGAAGAAACGGCGAUUACGAGCCGACGCGCGAGGAAGAGGAGGAGUUGGAACGAGCAGUCGAAGCUUUUGACAAGGACGUGAGAAACCUCGAGCGCUUGGGACAGACACAUGGGCUUCUGGAGCCAGCUUUACUGGCUCAGCUCAUGUCGGACAUUGCGUCGUAGCCCUCACCGACGCAGCCUCCCUCACCUCAUUAAUUCAAGCGAGUUGUCGCGGUAUUCUUCUCUCGAGUUGUCGUCUCCUAGAGAUAACCGCAAUUUCGUGUGUCUAAAUUAGUGUUAAGCUCUUUUACCGGAAAAGGAUAUUAUGAGUUACACAAUUACUCACACCAAUGUAACGUUGUUGCGUAUUACACACUACUAUUAAUUGUCGUCGCAUAGCCAAAGCGGGUUUAUCUUUAAUUUGCUAUUCAUAUCUCGAGUCGAGAUACAUAUACAUGUAUACCUUUAAUACGUGAUGAGUCGUUUAUCGGACUACUGACUUCGGUAAAUUCGAUUUCUAUAACAAAACUGAAAAAAAUGAACAAAAGUUCAAAACUACAAGAAAUAAGCGUUAUUUGCUGGUAUAUACAGUAUCACGUACUCUUUUAAACAAAAAAAGUAACUCCGUUGAGACAAAGAUAACAAUAGUAGAUUGUAAUUAUAAUCCAUAGGAACGAUCAGUCGAGCAUUUUCGAAAGACGAAUUUUAGUAGUUUAAAACAGUAGUAGCUUCGAAAAUUGGUAAAUGAUACAUAGUGUGAGCGAAAUGAUUUUCGUUCUGACAUAUUUUUUGUCUAUAGAUACAGUAGAUAAGAAACAAAACCAAUAGAGUGCAUAAAAAGUACGUUUUAUAUUGCAAAAUAGUAUGGACGAUUUUCAAAUCUUAAAAAACAUGAAUGCAUUUUUAAAAACAAAAAAGAAUGAAAAGGAAAAAUAUUAUAAUGUAGGCACAGUGCAAGUCACUAGCCGGUUGCCAAGCGUAUACAGAUCCUUCAAAUGAUGAAUUAAUCGUUCAUAUGUGCUUAUUCCAAACAGGUAUUAGAUCUGUGACAAAACAAAACAAAUAGAAAUAAUCGAGCACGUAUUUUAAUGUUGAAUAACAUUAAAUUGAUUCAUAGACGAAAACUUUACGACUUCAUAAAACAAAAGGAUCUGAGUGAAUGAUUCAAUAAUAGUUUGAAAUGUAACUUGUAUAGUUUUCACUUGUAUAUUCUCGUUAGAACAAAUAGUGAGUAAAUUGUUUAUAUCGUACUCAAAAUUGGAAAUCACAUCAUUCAGAACUAAUAAUUUAUCAACUUGUAAUGUUGUGUGUAUAAUUGCGUGUAAAAUAUUGCAUAAUUCUAAUAUUGCAGUCGAUCCUUUUGUUUUUCUAUUUAUAUUCUAUACAGGCACUUGUACAAGUGUUAAGUGGUAGACCUACUAGAUCGCACUUUGUCCAGUAGAUAACUUUCAAAGUGGUAAUUGCGGAAAAAUACAUAAAAAAGUACCUUCACUUUUUUGUUCUAAUAAAAAUACUACGAUUUUUCAAAAAAUUAUUGAUAAUGAAUUUUAUUAGAAAACCUUUUUUUUCGGGAAUUUCGUACGAGUAUUGUUUUAUUUUUUAAUUUUUUUUUUCAAAUAACGUUAAACGACAUUGUGAAAUUCAUCUUUUAUGCAAGUUUAUUAUGUUCAUCAAUGAGAGUGCAUUAAAUAUAAACAUACUUUGCUUGGUCUGCACAUUGAAUUUUAUGUAAUUACUUUAUAGAUAAGUAGUCUUUAUGUAUAAGAUAAAUUCUAAUUCAAUAAAUACGGUCUGGCUCUUGACAUUUGCAAGGUCUGUAGAUAAAAGAUAAAAAACACUGAGACUGACCAAGGUAUGUGUACAUUCUUAUUUAGGUUUUGUCGAAACUCACUGCGCAAGCGAUACGGCAACGAAGUUUCGAAGUAACUUUAACAAACAAGAUUCAUAAAUGUUCCCCACAUUGGGGAUAAUUGAAUUGCGCGGAAUCUUCAUUUCUACAACGCUAGCUCAUUGUAAUUUCCACGUAAAAAAACAGCAAAGUAAUUUAGUCAAGCGAUACAUCAUUAGAUAUAGCAAUGGAAUAAGUAACCAUUUUAUUUUCUGCCAGUCAAAAACAAAAAAAGAAAUAUACCUUGCAAUGAAUGCCCUUGUAACAUAUAUUCAUCAUUACUUAGUUCGAUAGACCGUAUCGAUUACAUUUUAUGAUUUUUUUUAUAUCACUUCUCUAAGCGCUUACUUUUGUAUUAGACCCUUACGUGAAAACGCUCGUCGUUCAUAUAUUUUUUAUGAAUGAGAAAUAAUUGAAAAAUGAUAGUUACAAUCAGUUCCAUC